UGUCUCUCACUUUAUAAGGACCUCACCCCAUCACUUUCAGAUCAAAAGACUUCUCUCUUCUACAAUUCAAUCCUUCCAAACUUCAAUCAACUUUCUCGCCAAAACACAAAACUACUCAAAAUGUCUUUCCAGGGCUCCGCUGAAAACAUCAGGGUCGAGGGCUCCACCCUCUACGCCAUGCUUCGCAACGGAGAUGGUGACAUGUGCGACUGCAGCUGUGACCUGAACGACUACAUUGGCAACAACGAGGGUCGCUUCGAGUGGGGUGGAUCCAACUUCGCCGAGAGCGCUGAGGACAUCAGCUUCAACAUGGAGGGCGAUGGCCAGCCUAUCCUCCGUGCUCGCCUUCGCGACUCCGAGGGCAACGUUCACGAUGCCGAUAUCAACCUCGCCGAGAGGAUCGGCAACGAGAACGGCAGCUUCCACUGGCAGUAAACGGAACGACUUCAACGAACGCCUCGAGACGAGACAUGAGAGAUGGGCAUUGUGAGGAUGGACUGGAUGAUGAAUCUUCGAAGUGACGUCGAUAGCAUGCCUACAAUACGAAGUCAAUGAAACACAAAAACAGGAAUACUUGAACAUAGCAGUUGCGUGAAAUGUGUGCGCUCGAUUACCA